AUGGCAAAUGCUUGCUUCCAGGUGGUGGGCUUCAUCACUGCCGUGGUGGGCUGGUUCAUGGCCUGUGUCUCUAUGGCAAGUCCACAGUGGAAGACCCGGAAUGUGGACGGCAGCACCAUCCUGACGGUGCAGGAAGGCUGGGAGGGCAUCUGGAUGAGCUGCAUUAAUGACAGCGGGGGUCUCCUGAGCUGUGACGUGUACGACUCACUACUGGGGCUGCCCCCCGAUCUCCAGGCCGCCAGAGCUCUCAUGUGCCUGGCAGCGGCACUGGGCAUCUUAGCAAUGGUGCUGAGCUGUGCAGGCAUGGAAUGCACCAAGUUUGCAAAGGACGAGGAGAGAUUCAAAGCUCUACUGGUUGUGACUGGAGGGGUUCUCUUCAUCUUGGCCGGGACGUGCGUCCUGAUUCCAGUCUCCUGGACCGCUGCCAACAUCGUGGCCGACUUCUACAAUCCCCUGGUGCCCCGCUCCAUGAAGGCAGGGCUGGGUGACGCUCUGUUCCUGGGUUGGGGUUCAACGUGUGUCCUGGCCCUUGGAGGAGGCAUUCUCUGCUGCUCCGGCGCAGAGGACAGCGUAAAGAGAAAAGGGUAUCCAAGGAAUCUCACUCGUUAUCAUUCCACAGCUCCCGGAAACAGGUAA